AUUUUUAGCAUUUUACUCUAAAAGCUGGAGGAAAACUGGCAAUGAGCCAGCAAGGUGGCUUCUUACUGUUUGGGAACAGACUUCGAGCUGUGACAUCGAAAUUUUUUGGUCAUUGUCAAAUUAUAAAUCUCUCUCGAAGAAGAAAAAUAUAUUUUUCUUUUCAAAUAAUAGAUAAUAUUUAAUUCGAACGAUUAAAAACACGAUUAAAAAUGGGAGCUGGUGGUAGUUUACAAAAUAAUAAUAAAAAUCCAGAACCACCACCUUUACCACCACCAUUUGGACCAUUUGGACCAGGUGGACCAGGUGGACCAAGUGGUCUAUCAAGAUUUUCACGAAUUUCAACAAUCUCAGAUAAUCCUUUAACAACCGAAAAUGAAGGAAAAAAUCAUGAUAAUUUAAACACUGAAGAGUGGUGGCAAAAUCGACCAUCAGCACCGAGUCUUCAAAGUUUCAAUCAACAUCAAGAAACCCUGUUAACAUACGCAAGUCAAAUGACUGGUUGGCAAUCAGAAUAUUCAAAUGUACAAUCGUUACAUCAAGAAGCCAUGGAAUUAACUAGAACAGUGUCACAUCUUGCUGCUGCAAAUCAACAAUUAGCAACAGCUCAUUCAGCAUUACUAUCACAAGUUGAAAUUUUAUACAUGGAAAUUAAUAAAAAUCAUGAUAGAAAUACAAAUAAACAUGAUGAUAAUUUAAAUAACAGGGUUGAGAUUAUUGAAGAUAUUAUUAAAAAAAAUAAAAUUGAUGAAAAAAAUUUACAAUGUAGUGAUAAUUUAAAAAAUGAUUAUGAUAUGGCUAUGGAAAAAAUAAAAAUACUUGAAGAUAAAAUUAAUGAAAAUAAUAAAAAAUUUUAUGGUAAAAAUAAUAUUGGUACCAAUGAUGAAGAUUUAAUUGUUGAAAUGGAAAAAAUAAAAUCUCAGAAUUUAGAAUUACAUGAAAUUAUUGAAAAAUUUAAAAUUGAUUUUGAUAUUGUUCAAAAAAAUAUAUCAACAAUUGACUGUAAAAAACAAAAAGCUGAAUUAAUAGAAAUAAAACAUUUACAUGAUGCUGAUAAAAAAAAAAUAAUAAAUAUAGAAUCAAAGCUAAAAUCAGCAGAUGAUGAAUGUCACAAAUUGAGAUCAAGACUGCAUGAAGAAAUUGAAAAUAAUAAAAAAAAUAAUGAAAUAAUUGAUAAAACAAACAGGGAUAAUAAAAGACUAAUUGAAAAAAUUGAAAUUAUAAAUAAAAGUCAUAAUGUUUCUGAUGCUGAAACAUCAAUGGAAGAUGAUUUAUAUGAACGACAAAAUCUUGAAGAAUUUAAAAAAGAUCUAUCAAUGAAAAGAGAAGCAAGACAACGUGCAAUAGCAGCGGUAUCAUCAGAAAUGGAAAGAUUAAAAAAAGAACUUGAUGCUGAAAAAGUGGCUCAUUCAGAGACAUCAAAAAUUCUAGAUAUACUAAAAACUCAAGCUGAAAAUGGAACAUCAUGUAAUAAUGUUAAAUUACAGUACAUUGAAGUAUCAACAAAUACACCAGAUGAUUGGAAUGAUAAAACAACAAAACAAUCAGCUAAUUUAAUUCAAAAAAAUGCCCAAAGAUUAACAGAUGUAUUAAAAGUAACUGAUGAAUUAAGAUCAUGUAUACGUUUACAAAUUGAAAAAAUUGAUGAUCUAAGAUUUCAUCUUGAAUGUGAACCAGAUAAAUAUAAACAAAAAAUUAAAUUACUCAAUGAUAUUGCCAUCAUGAACAAAGAAUCAUAUGGUAAUCGUCAAAUACAAAUUAAUUAUUUAAAAAAUUUACAAACACAAUUUGUUAAUGGUUUUAUUGAUAAUGAAAAAAUAAAUUAUGAUAUUGAUGAUGAUUUAAGACUAGAACAUGAUAGACAAAUUGAUGAUGUUAAAAAAUUAAAAAAACUUUAUGAUGAAAGAAUGAGAAUACUUGUUGAUUUAAAAGAAACAAUUGGUAAAGAAUUUUUAACGACGAAAGAACAAUUAAAAUGUGCUAAAAAAGAUAAAGAAUAUCUUGAUGAAGAAAUUAAAAAAGCUGAAGAAAAGAUUGAUGAACAAGAUAGUGUUAUAUCAAAUUUAGAAUCUCAAUUGGGUCUUACAAAAGCUGAUUGUCGUGAUUUACAAAAUCAAAUGUCAGUUAUUAAUAAUUUAUUUUCACAAAUGUUAUUAAGUGCAUCAUCAGCUGAUAUGGAUUUAGAUAGAUUAACUGAAUUAAUACAAGAAAAUCAUGAUUUAAUAAGUGACAUGGCUAAAGAAGAAGGUACUGAAGCAGCAGCAUUACCAAAAUUAUUACUUGAUUUAGUUGAACAAGUUGAUGGUAUACCUGAAAAAAAAGAUGAAGAUAAUAUACAAGAAGAAAAUAUUGCUAAUAAUUUACCAAAAGUAUGGAAAGUACUAUUAGAAUUAUUGAGUUGUCAUGAAGCAAAUACAGCAAAUACAUCAACAGUAUCAGCAUCACUUGUUGAUGAUCCAAAUAUAUGUUAUAAAUCUGUUGAUACACCAAGUGGUCCAAGAUUAGUUAUAUCAGUUAGUAAAACAUAUAUAAGAUUAAAAGAACUUAUACUUGAAAAAAAAUCACUAGAAAAAGAAAUGGGAAGAAUGAAACAACUUAAUUUACAUUUAGAAAGUAAAUUAGGUGAACAAGAAAAAAGAUUGUCAACAGUUGCUGAUGAAUUGAGUAAAACUUGGAAUAUUGUUGGACGUAUGCAAGCACAACAUCAACAAUUACAUACACAUGAAAAAAUAUUACGUUAUGAAUUACAACAAAAAAGAAAAAUGUUACAAGAAUUAAAACAAGAAUUAGAAUAUUGUCGUGAAAAAUGGGAAUCAGCUAGACAAAAAAAUACAAAUACUGAAAUUGAAUGGAGAAAUUUAAGACGUGAAUUUGCGGCAAGAAAAGCACUUGCUGCACAAGAAUCAUUUAACACAAGCAGACAAAAUAUAAUAAAAGCACCAGAACAACAAACAGCAACAUCAGAAGUUGAAGAAUCAAUGAAAAUUGUUGAGGUAAAUAAUCAGCAAGAUAUUAAUAGUAUUGAACCAACAAAUCCACUUGAUCAGGCACUUGAAAAUGUCAUACAAAAUUUAAUAAACAUUGAUGAUAAUAAUUCAAGUAAUUCAAUGAUAUCUGAUGAGCCAGAUAAAAAUAUUCAAUGUGCAAAUGAUGAAACAGUUUCUGUAUUUUCAAUUGGACCAUUUCCACAGUCUUCUAAAAUGGUACAAUUUAGUGAUCCUCUUGUUGUUGGUCCAUCAAUUCAGUCUGAUGAAAUAGUUGAAAAUAAAAUUGUUAAAAUUGAAAAUAACACGGCUGAUGAAAAAGAUGAUUGUUUGGCAGAAUUGAAAGAUGAAAAAGUUGAUGAUAAAGAGGAUGAAAAAAAAAUUGAAGAUACUGAAAAAAUUGUAGAUCAUUGUAGUGAUCCAUCUGGAUCAACAACUUCAUCAAAAGCAACACGUACACCUGAAGAAGUUUUAGCAGCAAGAUCUGAAAGAUUGAAGAGACUUGAAGAACAAGCUGAUUGGUUGAUGAAAAAAAUGAAUGCAACAAAUCGUCGUGGAUCGGAAUUGAGCAAUAGACUUGAAGAACUUCAUGAGACUUAUGGAGAUGCACCAGCUCCACCACCAAUGCCAGAUGUUUUGCCAAUUGUCAGACUACCAACAAAUCAGGAAGGAGAGUCUAGAAAUGAAUCAUCGGCGAAUAAUGAAAACGAGCAAACUCAAUGA